UUCGUGAUUUUAUUAACACCGUGACGGAUGACCCGACUCGACAUGGCUUAUCUAACUACGUUGAGAUCUAAACCGAGCUUAAUAUCUUCGACGAAGACGGCUUCUACUGUUCGGAUAUCAUCGUCGAGCCUAUUCGGGCGCGAAUUCGUGCCUAUCUGACCUAAGAGCAACGGGAAUUGUUUAUCCCUGACGCUUUCUUCUACGCGGACGGCCGCUUUCCCACCGCCCGGUCCGUAGACGACACUUUGGACAUCAACGUCCAGGCACUCAGUUUGAUGAGGCAUCCGGGUGGCGUCACGAACUUCGACGAGUACCGCCAACGUUUGCCAGAAUAAUGGUGUCCAAUGGUAACCGUCGUCGGUUCCGUAUCGUCUCGUAACGACAACUCCUUGGAUCCAACCCACGCUCGCCGCUUCAUGAUUGAAACUUCCGUAUAUGACGCCUCCAACGCCGCACCUGUUCCGUAUUCCAUGGCCUGCUUCUUGGAGGAUUCUAAACGUUGGCAAAAGGUGAAGAUCCCUCAAGCAGGAACGUUCCUCACCCUCACCGCAAAAGUCGUGGGUCGCACAACUGACACGAACCUUCUCGCCCUCCGAGUCCUGGAUCUCGCCUACUUGCCAAAACUUGCGUCCGCCGCACCCACGACGACCCCGACCACUUCCUCACCGUCGAAACGACCAAAUCGUUGGAUUGCCCGACCCACUCCGUCGACACCGUCGAAGAAACCGCACCGUAUGGGGCAGGUCGCUGGAAUACCAUCGCCAUCGGACUCGAGCCUACAUGAAAUCUAUCCACAGCACCCAGACCACAUCACAGACUCGCAAUCAACUCCUACUUCUCCCUCUACUACAGCGCACCCGGAAGGCUUCUCAAAUAUGUCGGUUCCACCAUCGAACUCUAACAGCGGAUCUCGGCCACAUCGUAACCGUCAUCCCCCUAAAAAAUUUGAAGCACCUGACUAGCCAAAAACCAUCCCUCACACAACACAGUAGCGAUCACACGACAAGAAUCAGAGGGAUUUGGUUACAAACAUAAUGCGUGAAUCCUUUUCUCUUUUAUUACCUUUCGAACGAUAGCUUCAGCCGCAUGACAUUGCAACACAAUGACCACGUAAUAUGACUUUGCUUAUUCCCAGAGUAUCGUGCCUUGCACUAAUUGGUCAACCAACGAAUAAGGGAGGAGUAGUAUAUGGAUGGUUAAGAGACAUAUGUAUUACACGAUCUUUUCAUCAGUUUGUUUCUUUCCUUCUUCCCCCUUUCCUGUAGCUUGACUUUGCCGAGU